CUUUUUGUGAUAUAUAGAGAAUAGCAACUGCAGCAAACUAGUCCUAGUAUUGGUGAAACGUGUAAUUUUGUAAACUUAAGUAUUGAUGUUCACACCAGUAUGAGACUUUAUAGAUAGAUCGCAAUCACUUCGAGUUGCUGAUCGACAACUAUUUAAAAUAAGUUUACAUGGGAAAAUCGUUUGCGAAAGUAAUAUCAUGGAUACUUCCACUCACUAUUUAUGCUUUACGCACUGCAGUAUCCGGCACAGUACACUUUAAUUGAUGAACAGUGAGGUUAAGACCAAAUUAACUUUUAUCUUUAAUUUGUGCACUUGUAACGCGCAGCAUUACGACCGAGGUAGGUCGCACUCUGCGCUGACCAAUAAUGAUAAAGGAAGACAAUGGAAGAUUAGACUUAGAGACACUGAAUUGAUGCGGUGUGCAGCCUUGACACAACUACUGUGAGAGCAACACGAAUAUCAUAACAGAUGUACUGUACUGAUGAAAGUUAAACAACAAACUUCAUGUAGAUCAACUUAUUGAAAAAAAAGUUACUUUGACAAAACUUUCAACAAACCGAUUAUGACCGUUAUUGCAUAGCAUGUGAUACGCUCAGUAUGAAUACGAACGUGAAGUGCUUGCAGACGAUUCUUUUUUCUAGAACGAGGCUUGUCUGCGCACAGCUUCCGGUCCAGCCACAGGGCGACUACAAUGACUAUGUCAGUUGAGUCGGCGAGAGGAGCAACAAUAUAUAAACAGUCAAGAGGUGGUUCAUACUGCUGCGUGGUAGGAUGCCACUGUUCAAGUAUCAAGUGUUUCGGUUUAAGUUUUUUUUCCUUUCCGCGGCCAGGUGUAUCGAAAGAGCAAGACGAGUGGCGAGCGGCUCUCAUUCAUGCGAUAGGCCGUUCAGACAAAAGUUUCACUCCAAUGAGAGCGAAAAUUUGUUCAAGGCACUUUGAAGAAGAGUGCAUUAAAAAAGGUCCUUCUGGAAAAUUCUCGGGACUAGUUCCUGGGAGCAUGCCAACUAGAUGGAUGCCCGAACAAUCAUUUAAAACUUCCAAAACAGCUAGACCCAAGCCUAAGGUACGGGAGCCCCCUUUCGUGCCAGUUCGUAUCUGCUACACCAGCUUCAUGGACAUGAAGAAGGAUUUGACUCAUCUACCUCCUCAGUGGAUUAUCAUGAAAAAUUCCGAAAAUGAUGUAGUGCUUGGCUUGUUGUCAAGUAAAACUGAAGAAGUGCAUGUGAAGGUGAGCUUUUCAGCAACAACUGGGUUACUGGCAAAUGUGAGUGUGUUUCAAAUGCCUGCACCAUGGCUUGCAAGAGACAUUGAAAUGGUUAGGCUUAAAACAUUUUUGAAAGAACUGGGUGAAAAGACUCUCUGCACUGGUGUCACUGAAACUGAUCUGCAAACAUUAGCUGAAAUUAAAAUCACUGAUGAGAAGUAUUUUCGACACAUUACAUAUGUCUAUGAGAAUGGUAAGAUCUGUUCCUAUUCAUGUGUAAGGGCAACUACCUGUUUGCUGAUGGUGAGUACUGCAGAAACAACGUGCAAAGAUUGUUUAUUGGUCAAGAAGACACUCCAUGAAAGAAAAAACAGGCAAGAAGCAAUAAAACCAAAUGAUCCUCUCCGUGGUAGAGUCAUUGUUGUGAGAAAUCUCAAUUGUCGCCUUUUUUAUCCACAAAAAAAGGCAGAGGCCAGAAGCAAAACACACUCAUUUGCAUCAAACAACAAACUUUCUGAUGUUUCUUCUUUAAAACCAAAUCACUUCAGGAAAACUGUACGGAGAUGUGGAACUAAAACCUUUGUUAUAAACGAUAAGUGUGCCCAUUUAAAUGUGGUGAAUGUGGUGCAAGGUUUGCUUUGGAAAGAGCACUUAACUUGCAUAAAAAAGCUCAUUCUCACAAAUCAAGUCUUCCUAUUGAAAGUGAAGGACAAGAGUGUUCUGUUGAAAGUGAUAGACAAAAUGAAGACAUUGAGAAAAGAGAUAAAGCAGACCUAAUGCUAAAAAGUAUAGGAUUUCAGGUUGAUGAAAAGACUGACAGUUAUCAGAAAGAAAGGGAUCAUUCAUACUCUGAUAAUUGUGAAACCUGGAACAGACAGACAAGUAAUUGUGAGAUAACACCUGAUAAAGCAGACCUAGUGCUAAAAAGUAUGGUAUUUCAUGUUGAUGAAAAGACUGACUGUUGUCAGAAAGAAGGGGAUCAUUCAUACUCUGAUAAUUGUGAAACUUGGAACAGACAGACAAGUAGAUCUGAGAUAACACCUGAUACAAAACCAGAAACUCCAUUUAAAUCUGGUGAAUGUGGUGCAAGGUUUGCUUUGGAAAGAGCACACUUACAUAAAAAAGUUCAUUCUAACAAAUCAGUCUUCCGAUUGAAAGUGAAGGACAAGAGUGUUCUGUUGAAAGUGAUAGACAAAAUGAAGACAUUGAGAAAAGAGAUAAAGCAGACAUAAUGCU